AUGGCAUCAUCUGUGGACGACGAGCGACCAACUGCGGUCGAUGUUCAGCGACUCUCCACCCUUUGGGAGAAUCGCGGUACGAUACAUGUCAUGGGUGACAACACGAACCAGUCGGACGCCGCCGUACCAGAACCAACCUCCAUCGAGCCACCAAGCUCUGCAGGAACCAAGAAAUCACACUUCUGGCAGUCAAAUCUUGCUUCCAUUCUCCCAGAUAGCAGGCCGAAACAUGAGAGGACGGAAAGCAGCGAAAGCACGGCAAGCGGAUCCAGUCAAGGCUCAAGCGGCAGCAGCACCGUAGUAGACGAGAAGGUGUUCGAGGUCGGCGGCGGCAACAAAGCAGAAAACAAGGGAUCGGCGACGGCAUCGGUCAAUGAGAUUGAAGAUAUCACCAUCAUCAACAACAACGACGACAACUCACGCCAGCCACCAGAAGAAGCCGCCUAUCAUGUGUUUACCAAGAAGGAGAAGUGGUUGGUCACGGUCAUCAUCGCUUUGGCGGGCCUUUUCUCGCCUCUUUCUAGCAAUAUCUACUUUCCGGCUUUGGGGGCUAUUGCCAAUUCCAUCCAUACCGAUAUCGCGCUUGUGUCCUUGACUGUAACCAUCUACAUGGCAGUGCAAGCGUUUGCGCCAUCAUUCUGGGGUCCCCUCAGCGACACGUGCGGACGCCGUGUCACUUUCAUCGGCACAUUUGUUGUUUUUCUCGUCGCUAACAUCGGAUUGGCUUUCAGCAAGAACUUUGCGACGUUGAUGGUAUUCCGCGCUAUUCAAGCAUUUGGUAGUGCCGCUACCAUCUCCGUCGGAGGCGGAGUCCUUGGUGACAUUACAACUGCAAAGGAACGGGGUGGUUAUAUGGCUGGGUUUAGCGCAGUCCGCAUGUUCGGCCUAUCCAUGGGUCCAGUCAUCGGCGGUAUCAUCACCGAGUAUCUCGGCUUCCACGCCAUCUUCUGGUUCCUCUUCAUCCUCGGCAGCAUCACUCUAGUCGCAAUCUUGCUCUUUCUCCCCGAAACCCUCCGUCGGAUCGCCGGCAACGGCACCGUCCCGCUCAAGGGCAUCCAUCGCCCUUUCUUCGACCGUCCGCUCCGUCAGCGCUACUGGAAAGAACGCGAUGCAACAACCGAAGAAGACGACCUCAUCGCGCCCCCUCCCAAACUCACAUUUUCCACUUUCUUCGCCUCUUUCCGCUUCAUGGCCGAGAAGGACGUCAUCGUUACCCUCUUCUUCGGCGCCAUCGUCUACACAGUCUGGAGCAUGGUGACCUCCUCCACCACGGCCCUUUUCCAACCUCGUUUCGGACUCUCCAAUCUCCAAACCGGUCUGAUCUUCAUCCCCAACGGCGUUGGCUGCAUCUGCGGCUCAUCGUUGUCAGGCAAGAUCAUGAACCGCGACUACCAGAUCGUCGAGUCCAGCUACCGCGCCUCCCACCACCUUUCGGGCUCCGCCGAGAUCAACCGCAAGAAACUAGCCGACUUCCCCAUCUCGCGCGCCCGCCUGCGCUCGUCGCUGUACUUCGUCAUCCCCUUCAUUAUUACCGUCGCGGGCCAGAUGGGUUUGUUCAACCUGAACAGCACCCUGAUGGUUGACCUCUACCCGGGAGCGAGCGCGAGCGCGUCGGCGGUUAAUAACCUCGUGAGAUGUCUGAUUGGUGCUGUCGGUGUUGCGCUGGUGCAGUUCAUUAUCAACGCGAUCGGUGCAGGCUUGACUUUUUUGAUCUUUGCGAUUGUUACGGUGGCUUUUACGCCGUUGCUCUGGCUGGAGUGGAGGUUUGGUGAGCGCUGGCGGAGAGAGCGAAUGGAGAGGUUGGAGAGGCAGAAGAACGAGAAGAGGGCCGGUGAUGGUGGAGAGGCUGGUCGGGCGUAG